CAUUAAUGCUAAAAAUAUUUCAAGAAAUAAAUAUAUUCAUAUGCAAUGAUAACUUUAGCAAUACUUACAUGAUAAUAUCAAUGUCCUGAUUAUUUUAUUACUGCUCCCUUUGUUUACGGAUAUGGAAACUUCUCCAGAUUUCAGAGAGGAAAAAUCGCCAAUUAAAAUGCCAUUACCGCUAAAUAGCGGCCAUAGGAUCGAUCAUGACAAACAGAGAUAUCCAAACUGUAUUGUCUGGACACCCAUUCCUUGCAUUACAUGGCUGAUUCCAAUUAUUGGUCACAUGGGCAUUGGCACCAGUACAGGAGUAAUAAGAGAUUUUGCAGGACCAUACUUUGUGUCUGAAGAUGACAUGGCUUUUGGGAGACCAACAAAGUACUGGCAAAUGGACCCAAACAAAGUGCGCACAAGGAAAUCCCAGCAUCCCCGGGAGACCUGGGAUACAUGUGUGUAUGAGGCUUCGGAGGAGUACAAGGGCAGAAUGCAUAACCUAUGUUGUGACAACUGUCAUAGCCACUGUGCCAUGGCCCUAGAUCUGAUGGAAUAUGACGGCAGUAGGAACUGGAACAUGGUCAAGCUUUGCUUUCUUAUGCUCAUCUACGGGAAAUAUGUCAGUGUUUGUGGUUUUCUGAAGACCUGGCUGCCAUUUCUGAUACUGACUGGAAUCAUUAUAGUGUUAGCUGCCGUACUUACAUGAUCGUACAGGCUGGACAGGGAUAUUGGACACAUUGUGGAUAUGUUGUUAAACAGGGAAUAAAUUAUAUUUGUAAACUGUAUUACAUGUAUAUGGGGUUUACUGUGAGGUUAAAUUUUGAUUAUGCAAAUCAUGGUUUUGUGAAGUAAUAUGAGAUCUUAUGUCCGAUUUAGCACUUUCAGGUAUAAUUUCUUGAAACAUAAUUAUCAUUUUUUUUAAAUAGUAUAAAUAAUGAUCUUUUAUUUUGUUUAGAUAACUAGGAAAUCUCUUUCAUUGAAUUGAAAGGAAUUGUCACUUUAUUUUGCAAAGGAUUUAUUUAUUAAUUAAAGAGUUGUUUUAUAUAUUAUAAGUGUUGUAUAUAUGUGUGCUGUAAACCAGUUUAACAUACUUGAACUUCACCAGAAUGUUAAUUGAAAUCCAAAAAUCUUACAAGCAAAUUGUGAUGUUGGAUUUUAAUAAUACUGUGUGUAAUGAGUGGUAAAAUGGUCAUCCUAUAUUUCAGAAUAUGAAACCUUUUCUUCAAAUUUUUACAAUUUUUAAUAAUAUGCUUAAAAUUAAAGAAAGGGAGUUUCAUUUACCAUUCAUCUAUCUCAUAUGUCUGCCAUUCUAAGCUAUUCUUAUCUAAUCUUACAUUGAUAAUAAUCAGGGAGGGAAUGACACGAUCCCCACCAAUUUUGUCAGUUUUAUAUAUUUUGGCUUUGUUGUAUUUGCAUUAUUACACAGCUAUUUUAUUCUAUGUCAUAGGUUUGUGUCAUGGUAUUUCUACUUUAUUCUAUGGAACUUUGCAGAAAGGAAACUAUUUUUCCUGCUCUUUGCAUGAUUAUAUGACUGUAAAAUAUGUUCGUAGAAAGUCUUUUUGAACAAAUUAAUAACUAGGGUAAUGCUCUACGUGCUCAUGCUGUUUUAGUUUGAUAUCUUGGAAUGAUCCCAAUUUUCUGUUAAUAUCUUUUCCUGUUAAGGAUUAAAAGAGUGUGUUUCAUUUAACUCAUGGUGUUUGUUGUAAUGGUUGUAUACAACUAUAUGUUUUGAAGAAUCAGAUAGAUGUUAUGAUUGUUUAACAAAAAAUAAAAAAAUAUAUUUCUAA